AUGAUGGUCCCUAAAAUCACCUUUUACUUCGACAUUGGCAGUCCCUUCAGCUGCAUUGCCUUUCAUGUCUUGACCACCUCGCCUGUCUUCUCGGGAUGCGAGAUUGAGUGUGUCCCCGUCUCCCUGAGAGGACUAUUCCAGCUAUGUCAGAACACGCCUCCAAUCGCAGUGAAAAAUAAAUUCCAAUGGAUCAACCGAGAGCGCAUCUACUGGGCCCGUCGCUUCAACGUCCCUAUGUCCGAAGCGAUCCCCGAAGGGUUUCCCGCCUCUACAGCCGAUGUUCAACUCGUUCUAUGUCUUGUGGCUCGGGAGCACCCCGACAUGCUGGUGCCCAUGGUCCAAAGACUGUAUCGCGAAUACUGGGCAGAUGGGAAUUCAAACGCUCUGACUGAAGGACUGUCUGUUGUUCUGGAACAAGAACUAGGACCUCAGAUCGCCGAGCGCAUACUUGCACUGGCAAAGAAUCCCGACGCGAAAGCAGCUUUAGAAGAAAAUACACAGGAGGCAUUCGGAUCCGGGGCAUUUGGGUUGCCUUGGUUGCACUGCGCCCAGGGGGGACAGACGGAGGGCUUUUGGGGCAUCGAUCAUUUUGGUCGCGUGGCGGACUUUUUGCAUUUGGAUCGCGGCCUGGAUGGCUCAUUUGGGGUUUUACUUUAG